AUCUCUCUCCCUGCGGUCAAAUAAUCAAUGUCAUUAACCCUAACUUGAACCAGACAAUCCAUUACCUGGACCAUUCUGAAUGGCCAAGAUAUAGUACGAAUACCUACUCCACGUUUUUUUCUCAACAAAUGGAGAUAUAACUGAUAACGUGGAAGUGUCAAAAUUUGUAGGUUGCUUCCGCCUUUGAUUGCGUUAGUGAAUGGUAGGUAGUAUAUAUAUAUAUAUUCAAACUUCUCUUCUCUCUUUAGCUGAACAACUCACCUAAACUUGCUGAACAUUAAAAAUGCUCCAAAACUGAUCAGAAUUCCGUAUGAACCCAUUUCUUUUUUUUCUCUCCGACUCCGAUCGAUACCAUUCAAAAUGCAGUUUCUCCGCUCAACAAUCAAAACACAAUCUUCAUCUUAUUUGAUUAACCUUCUGUUGAUCUCUUCUUCUGUAUGCAUCAUAUUUCUUUUUGUUUCAAUAUUCUUAGUAGGUUCUUCAAGGACUGCAGAUCUAUUCUCUUCUUCUUCGCAUGAUGUGUAUGCGCCUGCCAGUCUUGAGCAUAUUGUAUUUGGAAUUGCUUCUAACAAGAACUCGUGGCCAAAGCGUAAAGAAUAUGUCAAUCUUUGGUGGAGACCUGAGAAAAUGCGAGGAUGUGUAUUCCUUGAAAGCAUGCCAUCUGAUAUAGAUUCACUUAGUAAUGAUAAUAGUUCUCUUCCACCAGUUUGCAUCUCUGAGGACACUUCACGAUUUCGUUAUACUUAUAGAGGAGGUCUGCGAUCGGCGAUUCGAGUUGCGCGUGUUGUUCUAGAGACUGUUGCUCUUAAUCACUCCGAUGUGCGGUGGUAUGUUUUUGGUGAUGAUGACACAGUUUUCUUUCCCGAUAAUCUAGUGAAGACUCUAUCAAAGUAUGACCAUGGACUGUGGUACUACAUCGGGUCAAAUUCAGAGGUUCAUGAACAAAAUAGAUACUUCAGUUUCAAAAUGGCUUUUGGUGGAGCAGGUUUUGCCAUAAGUGCUCCUCUAGCCAAAGUUCUGGCCAAGAUUUUUGAUUCAUGUAUUGAGCGAUAUCCUCACCUUUAUGGAAGUGAUGCUAGGGUUUACUCUUGCUUGGCAGAGCUUGGUAUAAGCCUCACACGCGAGCCCGGUUUCCACCAGUUUGAUGUUCGGGGCAAUCUCUUUGGCUUGUUGGCUUCACAUCCCACAACGCCUUUGGUAUCCGUCCAUCACUUAGAUCACAUGGACCCUAUCUUUCCUAACUUGACAACAAUCAAGGCCCUGGAACAUUUAUUUGAAGCUGCAAAUGUUGAUCCUGGGAGAAUUUUACAACAAACCGUUUGCUAUGACCGUUGGUUUUCAUGGACUAUUUCUGUGUCCUGGGGUUAUGCUGUUCAGGUGUUUGGCAGGCAUAUGAAUUUACCAGAUGUUCUGCCAGUGCAAGAGACAUUCCAGGAGUGGAAGAAGAGAAAUACCAAACCACAUUAUACUUUUAAUUCAAGAGAACUUCACCCUGACCCCUGCCAAAGACCCACAAUUUUCUUUUUGGAUAAUGUAACUUCUGGAAGGGAUGGGAUUUGGACUAGUUACAGGAAAUCAUAUGCAAACUGUUCACACGACAUGGCUUCUCCAAGAAAACUUGAUGAAAUCAGAGUGCUGUCACAUAAAUUAGAGCUUGAUCUUACAAAGUUACGGGCUCCUAGAAGGCAUUGUUGUGAUGUUUUACCAUCUUCCACUGGCAAAGUAAUGGAAAUUGCCAUCAGAGAAUGCAAAGAAGAAGAGCCAAUCCACAUGCAUUGAUAUCAUUCGAAAUUAAGCAUAUGGUCAAUGCAAAGUUAUAUCUCUAUCUAGAUUUUAAGCUUUUCUUUAUAAUAUAUAUUAUAUAAAACAUGCGAUUGUGGAGGUAUAAUUAAUUGCAAAACAACGUAAUUGUAUACCAGAUUAACGUUGUCCACUGAGUAUAGAAUAGUAGCAAAUGGGCAUCACGAACGCAGGCCCAUGUGAAGGGAACUUCAGAGAAAAUCAUUGAUUUGAUCUGGCGAGAGAUUUGAUAUCUUACUUGGUAAGUUGAAGAAAGCCCUUUUCAAAUAUGGCGUGGGGAGAUGUUUAGCUCAAGUUUCAUCUAAAGUUACUUGAAAAAGCUUCAACAAUGUAUCUUUUAUAUUUAGCUUAAGUAUGAUUUUCUCAAUUUGUAGCAUGUGAAGAAACUUGUGAAUGACACCAAGGAAGUUUUAGUUUUACUUUCUUGUAACAUUUGACUUAUACCAUAAAUAAGAAACUAAUAAACCAAUA